AUUAUGAAAUGAUUAUUGUCUCCUCCAAGCGAGAUAACGGAUAACCCCUUCUCGUCGUCCCGAGAAACCCUAAACCUUACAAGCUAAAGGUAUUUUGAUUCAGUUUUCUAGGGAAAAUAAAAAACAAUAAUGGCUUCGCAAAUGGCGAUCUUGACCCGAACCCGAAUGCUGCACCGGUUAAACCAAAUCAAAUACAUUUCCACCUUCUCUGCCCUUUCUCAAGAACCUCAACUCUCGGAGUCGACUCCCUUCACCGAAACUCAGACCACCCCUCUCCCUCCCAACCCAGCCUCCGGCAGCCCUCUCUACCAUGAAAAUUGGCGGAACCCUAACGCAGCCCAAAAUUCAGCCUCCCUAGCUCAAUCGCUUGUUCCCCUCGGCGGACACCGGAUUCAGUACCUUUCCCAGUCCAUGGACGCGCCUGCUUUGAUGAAUCUUUUCGCCGAUUUGAUGACUCAGCAACGUUGGACCGAUAUAAAAGAGCUUUUUGAGUCCUGGGUUCGAUUGCUGGAUAAGAAUGGGAAGCCCAAUAGGCCUGAUGUGAAUCUUUAUAAUCAUUAUUUGAGAGCUAAUUUCAUGAUCGGAGCAACGGCCGGGGAUUUACUCGAUUUCGUUGAGCAAAUGGAUGAUUUUGCGCUUGUUCCCAAUACAGCGUCGUUUAAUUUGGUUUUAAAGGCUAUGCAUCAGGCUAAGGAAACUGUAGCUGCUGAGAAAUUGCUUGAACGGAUGUUGCAAGGUGGAAAGGAAUCUCUGCCUAAUGAUGAAUCUUAUGAUUUGGUUAUUGGACUGCUGUUUGAGAUGCAACAGAUUGAAGCAGCCUUGACUCAUAUAGAUAAGGCUUUACAAUCUGGUUAUAAGUUGUCUAUGAAAGUAUUUACAGAGUGCGUAGCAUGCUGUGUCAAAGAGGGGCGGCUUGAUACUUUGGUUACUGUCAUUGAGAUGUGUAAGAAAAUGGAGCAGAAUAGAGCUCUUUAUCCAAAUUGGGGUUUGUGCAACUACCUUGCAGAAGUUGCUAUGCAAGCAGACAACAGCAAGUUGUUAUUUUAUGCUUUGGAAUUUAUGGCCAAAUGGAUUGCUCGAGGCGAAAAUGCAAGGCCGCCUUUCUUACUUUCUGUAGAUGAAGGAUUAAUUGUCUCAGCACUUGCAACUGCAGGUAGGACCUACAGUUCAAACCUGUUGGAUGCAUCUUGGGCAAUCCUUCGGCGCUCAUUGCGUCAAAAAAAGGUGCCUAGCCCUGAAUCUUUCCUGGGGAAGAUAUAUGCUCUUGCAUCAUUGGGGAAUCUACAAAAGGCUUUUGGUACGUUGCAUGAGUUUGAGACUGCUCAUGGGAACUCCGUUAAUGAAGCAGAAGAUAUGUUUUCACCUUUUACUUCUUUAAAUCCAUUGGUUGUGGCUUCCUCCAAGAAGGGUUUUGAGACAUUGGAUUCAGUAUAUUAUCAAAUUGAGAAUUUAAGCCGUGCAGACCCUCCAUACAAGUCUAUUGCCGCUCUGAAUUGUAUAAUUUUGGGUUGUGGAAACAUAUGGGACAUUGAGCGUGCCUACCAAACAUUUGACGCAAUAAGUUCUUCUUUCGGGUUGACCCCUAAUAUUCAUUCAUAUAAUGCUUUGAUCUAUGCAUUUGGAAAGGUGAAGAAGACUUUUGAAGCCUCCAGGGUGUUUGAACACAUGUUGAGCAUGGGUGUGAAACCCGAUGCUAAGUCAUAUUCGUUGCUUAUUGAUGCUCAUCUCAUCAAUCGUGAUCAAAAAGCUUCUCUAUCUGUAAUUGAUGAGAUGGUUACUGCUGGAUUUAUACCCUCCAAAGAAACACUAAAAAAGAUCAGAAGACGAUGCAUGAGAGAGAUGGACUACGAGUGUGAUGAUCAAGUCCAAUCCCUGGCAAAGAAAUUCAGCAUUCAAAUGGGCUCGGAAAACCGCAGGAGCAUGCUUUUCAAUCUUGACUAUGGCACUGAAUAUGCGUCAUAGAUUCUAGGAUAUUUAUAUUGGAAAAAUCAAGAGUGCUGAUUGGCAUUCACCAAGUUCACUUGUUGCAAGUCCCAAUAAAGUAUGAACCCCUCCUAUUUUUCACAUUAUUUGGUUUUUGUCACUUUUUGAGCCUUGGCAGGAUAAAUGUCAAGCUGUAACCUUUUUCCUCCCUGUAUUACCCUUUCUGAGGAGUAGGAAGACAAAAUGUUAAGAAAUAAAUAUAGGACCUUCCAAAUUAUGUAGGAGCAAGGAUUGAAAGCAUAAAGUCGUCGUCUUUUUCACCAUUUAAUUUUAUCCGGCUUGUUUUUCGAACCCUUUGAAGUUUAAUGAUAAUUGAUGUUACCAGUGUGCCCGAACUGAUUGUAGAGGCUGCUUCUUUUAUUUCUUGAAGAGGUAACUAAGG